GGAUUGUUUUGUUCAGGACGGGACAGACAUUUGUUCAGAAUUAGGCAGAGAGAGAGUAGACCUGAUGUGCGCUCAGUUCGCUGAACGUUUGCUACGUUGCGGAACGGUUUGAACUGAACGAGACGUUCCACAAAAUGUUAUUGUACGUUCUUGAACAAACUGAGGUACGUUUGCUCUCGUUCUGUGGGUGUGGCUUGAACAAAUGAGUGACGUAUUUGAAGGGCAGUGGACAAGCUGACAGCGCCCCCCUUCCCGUUUCAACUGGUCGUUCAGUACAGUACUGUUUCCGUUCAAUUGAACGUUCCAGAACGUAAAAGCGUAGUUACUGAACGCAGCCCUUCAGACAUUUGCUAGUGUUGUUGAGAGAAAGCGAGGAAUGUUGAAAUAUUUCGUUCGAUGGACAAACUGAAAAGGCAGAACAUAUAGUUCGAAUAGCUUGCCUCAUCGAAGUAAAGUAUCGAGCUAGCCAAGGAAUAACGUUACAAAAAUGUCUUCGCCAAGUCCAGGCAAGAGGCGAAUGGAUACCGACGUGGUGAAACUCAUCGAGAGCAAGCAUGAGGUAACCAUCCUCAGCGGACUCAAUGAGUUUGUGGUCAAGUUCUACGGCCCACAAGGAACACCUUAUGAAGGAGGUGUAUGGAAGGUGCGAGUAGACUUACCAGACAAAUACCCCUUCAAGUCUCCAUCUAUAGGAUUCAUUAAUAAAAUCUUUCAUCCCAACAUUGAUGAAGCCUCAGGGACGGUGUGUCUAGAUGUCAUCAACCAGACGUGGACAGCCCUGUAUGACCUGACCAACAUCUUUGAGUCAUUCCUGCCCCAGCUGUUGGCCUACCCCAACCCUAUCGACCCUCUGAACGGAGACGCUGCCGCCAUGUACCUGCAUCGGCCAGAGGACUACAAACACAAGAUCAAAGAGUAUCUUCAAAAGUAUGCGACAGAGGAGGCUCUAAAGGAGCAGGAGGAGGGAGGUGACUCCUCGUCUGAGAGUUCCAUGUCUGACUUCUCUGAGGAUGAGGCUCAGGACAUGGAGUUGUAGUGAAGGGCUGGCAACCGCCCUCCCCUCACCCACACGGACUAUCAUUUCCUAAAGAGCAGAAGCAAACUAUUAUAUUCAUAUUUAAACAAGGCAAUUGUUUUAUUACUAAACAAACAAGGAUUUUUAUGGAUUAUAUGUAUGAGAAGUGGCGGUGUGAAAUGUCAGUCUCCCCCUCGUCUAGGUAUUCUUUAUUACUUACCCAUAGCCCUCUACCAACACCACCCCACCCACAUUAUUACCCCCUCCUACCCAGAAAGGAGUGCAGCAUUCCCAUGAUCCUAGAUGCCCCCCUUCGGUCUGGAUGAUAUUCUGAUUAACCCAACCAUGAUGGAACCGACGAUAGGGUGAGAGCAGAGCAUCAUGGGAAGACAAGACUGUCAGACUGUCAUUGUCAUGACAGAGACAGGGAUGGAAUGUUUACUCAGUACCGCCUCCCCACCACAGUUUAGAUUUUUAAUUCUCAGAAUGGUUCUGUAUUUGGUGAGUGAAACACUGUUUCAACAGUUACAGCUUUUUUCUUCCUCCCCAUGCUCUACCAGAAGCUCUCUGUCUCUAGUGCAUGGCCCCCUCUCUCUGGAGUUAUUACCACAAUGAGGAAUUACACCAUUUCGAAAGUCAUUUUCUGCCUUCCUUUGGAUGGGGUUGGAAGCUACCAUCAGGAACAGGAUCAUUCCUUCCUGAGGAUCAGUUGGUGGGUUUCAUCCAGAUCCACCUAUCCAAUAUGGCUGUUUUUGACCCAUCUUUCAGGCCUUGCCCCAGAGGCCAGUAUGCAAGCCUAUCAACCCACCACACCCUGGUUGUCAUAGAAACUGUUCUGUAAACACGCCUUUCACCCCGUAGACAGGAGCACCAGCUCACCAACCAAAGACAACCUACCACACCACUUAACACCUGAGAGAGAUAGUGAGUGUGUGUGUGAGAGAGAGAGAGAGAGAGAGAGAGAGAGAGAGAGAGAGAGAGAGAGAGAGAGAGAGAGAGAGAGAGAGAGAGAACCUCAUAUUGUUAGACCCAACUGACCCAGGUGGAAAUGAAACAGACUUCUAGAGCCAUAGUAGUUUCUCAUCUCCGUGACAACCCUAACACACAGCAUUACACAUUGUUGUUGCUCUGGAUGAGAGAACCACAGAGAUGAACUACUAUCAACCCAGGAGCUGUCUGUCACUAAACAAACUCCCACUGUUGUCCACCAGCCACUCCUUUAGCCCUCCUCCUCUCCGUUUUAGGAAAGUGUUUCAUUCUCUAAGCAUCCUUUUGUACCUUGUGGCAUGAUCCAGAAGUUAAGUUGUGUAGUGCUUUGUUGAGCUUAUUUGCUGUAGAAAUAUAGAAAAGACACCUCAUGUGUGAUGGAUGGGUCUAGAUGUCAGCAGUGUCCAGUCGUAUCCACACUGAGGUCCAGUGCAUGACCAGGCUUCAUUCCAUCCAAGCACUAACACACCUGUUUGGACUUCUCUCAGUCUUUAUGGAAGACUAUGAUUAGUUGAAUCAGGUGUGUUGGUUGGUACAGGAGCCACAUCACUGGCCCUCUGUAGAUAAAACUGGACUGCCCUGAUCUAGGGGUUGGAUUGGGUUGUUGUGUGGGACUGGGCUGGGAGGUGUUGAGGGGUACCUGGGGACUUGUGGGGUGUACGGGAAUUUUGCCUAUUGCUUGUGUUCAACUAUAAUAGGUAUUUGACUUGCGUAGUGCUAGUUAAUGUGCCAGAUGGUGAAUCCUAUUAUAAUCUAUGGUUUUAUUCCUUCUAUAGCAAGCUAGUUUCAAAGCGAAUUGUCCUGUAAAGGUGAAGCAUUUAGUUUGAAUUAGAUUUGUUUUUUUCUUCUCCUGAUUUGAAUCUGAUCCUCCAAAGGCAUGUUGCAUCUCUGUAUCCUUUCUCUUAUGCAAAUGGUCUCUUCUGUCAGUGUGCAAGUGAACUUAUCUAGCCUGGGUGUCUGGCUGUUUCUGCUGUGGCCAACUCCUUUGUUCACUGUUGUGACGUCAUGUUGGGCUUAAGCAGAAACACACUGUCUGGCACCCAGGCUAGAUGAGUACAGCUACAUACCCAGACUGGCAAGCAGUGUUUUGGGUUUUUCAAACUUUGAUCUCUAACUCGGCAGCACCACAUUGGGAGUGCUCCAGGAUUCUACUCUCCUACUAUUGUGUUCAUGGAGAGGUUGGUCAAGGCUCAUCAACCUACACAGGGUGUCCCAUUCAUGCCACAGUACAGUACAUGGGCCCAAUCAUAUCCCCAGAUUGGUGUGCUUAAUCCUAUGAUAUUCUAUAGGGCACAUUCUAUAUGAGACUUUCAUAUAGAAAUGCAAUGUGAAUGGGUGUCUGUUCCACACAAUAGAGGAUAUUGUCCAUUCUGUACAUGACAGAUCUACCUAUGAUUUUCUAAACAUUGUGCAUCAAUUCAAUAUGCUACUAGUGACAUGUACAGUAACUGAAAAGGGUUGGGGUCCUAAACUUUAGGAGCCGGGUGUAUAUUACUGCCAUAAUAAUGUGGACCCUUUGCUCAAAGCAGAUGUCAUAAUGGUUCAAAACACUGCCGUAAAGCCUGUUACAGGGGGGUGUACGGGCCUCUUGUCCCAGGUCACAUAAGACGAGAUGUCAUCUGUAUUUCUUUAAGAAAACUCAUCAUAGCUUUCAUUGGGGACAUCCUAGUCGUACACAAGAAUUGAAUCACAAUUGAUUUAAUCCCUUUGUUUUCAUUUUCACAAAAUGCAACAACUGUCAAAUGUAUAAUAAUAUAGUUAACAUAAUUUGAAGUAUUAGGGUGCAGGGUGACGUUACAGAUGACAGAACAGGCCCCACACCGCAGUCCCACAUGAUGGUGAAGCUAUUGUUGAUAUUUGUCUGUAAUUUGUUUUUUGCCUCCAUUAAACUAAGAACAGGAGAGUUGAUGAGACAGGAAAAUUGCAUUUCUUUGAGAAAUUAUUGCAUUGAAAAACAUGCACUGUCUUUACUGACAUGGGAAAGCCUCAGCAUUGAGAUGGUUCGAGUUAGCAUUAGCAUCCUAAUACAUUAUGAGUGUAGUUUUAGCAUUAUGCCAACUGUGUCUCAAUAACAUGGGCACCAGACACUGUGGUGUAUUGUAAUGGUUACCACAAGAGAACAGCCAUAGUGUGUAACUAUGUUGGCUAUUAGCAAAUUGAGCAUAAUUUGAGGAGAAACAUGUAUUCUACACAUUCAACUUGGCACAAAAGCAGAACAACGAACAUCUGAAGAAAAUACAUAAUGUCUGCUCUCACUGUUUGAGUUGCAAACUUGUUCGAAGCAACAAUCAGUGAUUGGACAGGACCCUUUUCCUUUAGCUGUUUAGCGUCAGGACACAUUAGUCAUUACAGUAUGUGUAUUCACUCCCUUUCAAUAAUGAGAUAUAUACUGUAUUUGAAGCGUUAUUUGUUUUAAUCCUUUAAGGAUGUAGAAGACCAGGAAUUACCACAUUUUUAAAGGCAAAUAAGUUAAUGAAUAAAUGUGCUUCCCUUGUAACUUUAUAAAUAAAUAAACAAAAAUAUGAAAAACUC